AUAUUUUGAUGUCGAUCAUUCACUUUAUUUUAUCAAAAUUUUAGUAAUUUAUCGUGUUAUCGGCUCAUAACAACAGAAUUCGCGAAUUACUAUCCACUGCAGCACGACUUAUCUCAUUCACAUAGUGCACGAUGAUAGCAAAAGUUACUUUGGUCGAAUCAGCCGUCAUGUUAGCACAAUUUUAUUGUUUAUCAAUUUAGAUUUCGACAAAAAAUGGAUAGAGUAAGUGAUAAAAGUAUAAAAACUGAGGACUGUAGUGUGCAGAAGAAGGAAUUGUCCGCUCUGCAGAAGAUAUGUUUAGUGUGUGGCGACAAAGCGUUAGGCUACAAUUUCAACGCGAUAUCUUGUGAGAGUUGCAAGGCGUUCUUCCGCAGGAAUGCCUUAACGAGUAAAGAAUUCAAGUGUCCUUUCACGAAUAAUUGUAAAAUAACAGUCGUGACUAGAAGGUUCUGCCAAAAAUGUCGUUUGGAAAAGUGUUUCGCUAUAGGCAUGGUGAAAGAGUUUAUCAUGUCAGACGAAGACAAAGCGGAGAAGAGAAGGAAAAUAGAAGAGAACAGAGCUAAGAAACGACAGAUGAACGACUCAGAUGACAGCGUGACGAGCUCCAAAAUGUUCAGAAAAGAAGAAGAUAACAGUUACACUAUUCCAAUACAGGACCCAUCACUACUACAGUAUGAUGUACUAAACAGUACCACAUGUAGUCCAAACAGUACAGUACAGUCCCCACAGAGUACAGAUCUAGAAAGUUCCUUGAAUUCCCCGCCCGUCUACAGCCAAUUUGUGCCAAAUCAUACAGAACAGUAUAUAAAAAAUUAUCCAAUAGACGAUAAAAAUGUUUUGAUGAACCAGACAAUGUAUGAGCAACGGUUGUUGGAUCCCUACAGUGAAGGUGUAGACAGCAUGUACACGGAGCCACCAAAACAAAAUACUAUCAAGUCCAUCCUCACAAACGGUUCGUCUUCAGAGCAGCAGGGCAGCGAAGGUCACAUCUGUGAGCAGAUACCUUCAACUAGCGCUGACCCUAACGUGAACAAGGCGAGGGAUAUACUACAGGACGUUGAGAGGAUAGAGCCGAACUCCAUGGAGUCUAUACUAUGUGAAGCUAUCAAGCUGGAGUUUGAAGCUUACACCUCAGUAAGCAGCAGCUGUAGCGGCUCGUCCAGAGAACUCAACGAGGUGGAGCGAGCUAAGCUGAACGAGUUGAUAGUGGCGAACAAGGCGCUGCACGCGCCCAUCGACGACGACGUGUCCAUGCUCAUCGGCGACUCGGGCGGGGUGCUGAAGGGCGGCGGUGGCUCUCACGACCCGCGUCUCAUCACGAUAGUGAACAUCACCGCCGUCGCCAUACGACGCUUCAUCAAGAUGGCCAAGAAGAUCAACGCGUUCAAGAACAUGUGCGAAGAAGAUCAGAUAGCGCUGCUGAAGGGCGGGUGUAUAGAGAUGAUGGUGCUCCGCAGCACAAUGACGUACGACGGCCAGGCCAACCAGUGGACGUUGCCGCACAGCCGUCGGCAGUUCGGCUCGAUCCGCACGGACGUGCUCAAGCUGGCGGGGGGCGACAUCUACCGCGCGCACGAGCAGUUCAUCGGCUCGUUCCAGCCGCGCUGGCGGCGCGACGAGCACCUCAUACUCGUGAUGAGCGCCAUCCUGCUGUUCACGCCGGACCGCGCGCGCGCCGUGCACCGCGACGUCAUCAAACUCGAGCAGAACUCCUACUACUAUCUCCUCCGUCGGUACCUCGAGUCGAUCUACCCCGGCUGCGAGGCCAAGUCCACCUUCCUCAAGCUCAUCCAGAAGAUUCUGGAACUGCGGAAGUUCGCGGAGGAAGUGACUGGGGUGUAUCUAGAUGUGAACCCCAUAGAACCGUUACUUAUGGAGAUAUUCGACUUGAAACCACCGCAGCCGUCGUAGGGUAGGUAGAAGAGAAGUGGUAAAGUUGACGAUAUUUGAGGCAUAUUAAUUACUCAAACUUUAGACUGAUUUUUAUUCUUAAGGUGUCGUUCCGAUCAACGCGGCGAGCGAACGUGACCGACAAAAAUUCAAAUAAAAUGCCAAAUUACACGACCGGU